CAAAACUUCAAAUUCCCAAAUCUAGAUCCCUAAUUUUGAAAGGAACCUUUGCACAUCGAACGACGGCGUUUUCAGCGAGCUAGAACUUUCUACGAUCUACAGAAAAUGACCCAACAUUCAACUUAGUUGAAGCUGAAGUUGAAAUCUUUUUAGUGCAAAAACCACAUCUAGUAGAAUUCAAUUUCAGUAAUUUGGUGGUGAAAUUCAAGGAAAAAGAACUGCGAUGGAGGAGCUGCAAUCUGCGGUGAAUGCUCACUUCGAUCAAAUGGCAGAUCUGGUGGAGAAGCUCUCGGCGGAAUUCCGUUCUGGGCUCAAACCCGCUUACGAAAAUUUGAUGGGUUUCUUCCACGCCAUUGAUUGGAAGGAGCGUUGGUUGAUAUGUCUUCUUUCCUUCCACGCGAUCUUGCUACUACUGGUUUUUGUAUCGCGGAGAAACGUCAACUUUCAGAUGUUUUUGUUCCUUGCUGCGUUAGGAGGAGUGUAUCUUGCUGAGAGGCUUAAUCAUAUCCUCGCGAGCAACUGGCAAAGCUUUGCAGGCCAGAACUACUUUGACGCUAAUGGAGUCUUCCUCUCCGUGCUCUGGUCCGGGCCAUUGUUGGUGAUCGCGAUCAUAAUCUUGGUGAACACGUUGUUCUCGCUGUGUUAUCUAGUUGUGAGAUGGAAAAGGGCCGAGCUCAAACAUCGCGCAAGAGCAGCUCGUAGUAAGGAAGAAUAAGCAGAUAUUGUUGUGUAUUGUAAUCUCCAUUUUGAAGUUCAAAUUUUGGUUUUGAUUACAUUUUGGUCUUCUCCUGCUGAAAAUUUUAGUUUGUAAUGGUAUAGUGAAUUGCUUCUUUAAUUAGUAGUAAUGCAUUUCUUCA